AACCGGCAGCACCACCCCCUUCCCCGGAUCCCGGACACAUCGGCUGCCGGAACCAGUGUCACCCCAGUCCUGAGCCCCACAUCCCAGUCCCUUCACGACCUGUGUGACCUGUCCCCCUGGCAUAACUACCAUGUGCUCCAAGCCGGGCUCCCCGCUGCUGCCUGCCCAUGUGUCACCUCUGCCGGGGUUCCCUCCGUUCUCUGACAGGACUCGGCUGAGGAGCCUGGCAGCCGCUGCACCCGCCGGGGGUGCCAAGCUGACCCACCCGGGCAAAGCCAUCUUAGCAGGAGGUAUUGCAGGUGGAAUAGAGAUCUGCAUCACGUUUCCCACAGAAUAUGUCAAGACCCAACUACAGCUAGAUGAGAAGGCAAAUCCACCAAGAUACCGUGGAAUAGUGGACUGUGUGAAGCAGACCGUGCAGGGUCAUGGGGUGAAGGGGCUAUACCGGGGGCUCAGUUCUCUUCUCUAUGGUUCCAUUCCAAAGGCGGCUGUAAGGUUCGGGAUGUUUGAGUUCCUCAGUAAUAAGAUGCGAGAUGCAAAUGGGAAGCUGGACAGUACGCGAGGUUUAGUGUGUGGACUGGGGGCUGGUGUGGCCGAGGCUGUUGUGGUGGUCUGUCCUAUGGAAACUAUUAAGGUAAAGUUUAUUCAUGACCAAUGCUCCCCAAACCCAAAAUACAGAGGAUUCUUUCAUGGAGUGAGAGAGAUCAUACGCCACCAAGGUAUAAAAGGUACAUAUCAAGGUCUUACAGCUACAGUCCUAAAGCAGGGAUCUAACCAGGCGAUCCGUUUCUUUGUGAUGACCUCACUACGGAAUUGGUACAGAGGUGACAACCCCAACAGGCCAAUGAACCCACUUAUUACUGGGGUAUUUGGAGCAAUUGCUGGAGCUGCCAGUGUGUUUGGUAACACUCCCCUAGAUGUGAUCAAGACUAGAAUGCAGGGAUUAGAAGCCCAUAAAUACAAGAGUACAUGGGAUUGUGCCUAUAAGAUCUUCAAAUACGAGGGGUCCCGAGCGUUCUUCAAGGGGACUGUGCCUCGUCUUGGCCGUGUGUGUCUUGACGUGGCUAUUGUCUUUAUAAUCUAUGAUGAAGUGGUGAAGGUGCUGAACAAGGUGUGGAAGACUGACUGAGAUGUCAAACAAUUAAAAGAAGCCAAGGAUCCCACCUAAAAGGAUCUUCAGGGUGCCAAAGAGUCCAUUCUGUCAAUCUCCUGUACUAAAAAUCUCCAGUGCCUUUACUUCCUGAAGACAAUAUCCUCAUUCUUUUUUUUUGGCAUCCUCAAUUUUUGAGUUUUACCUUACCUACAGCCUUUUAAGAACCAAAAGCCAAACAGCCUUGCAGUUUGUUACAACAAAGGUGAAGGGGUUAACAAAGUUUAGCAUGCACUCACCAUUUUAUUUUCUCUGGAAAAGCUUUUAUAGUUUUAUAUUUUUUUAACCCUACAAUAAUGACCUUUUAUUGUGCUGCCUGCAGCCACCUAGUGGAUACUCUGGGUAAUGUCAGAAGACAUUAAUGUUUAAUUAUCUAAUCAUUUUCCCUCAUGAGCUGAAUAUGUAGGCUGUGAAGAUGUUCUCCCAGUACAGUGUAAUUCAUAUACGGUAAUUGAUAUUGUAUAUAGCAGUAUACAAUAAUUUAUUCUGUGCCUUCUGCAGCAGGAAGAUUUUUAUAGCCAUAAAUGAAUCUUCAGCAUUUGUAAUUUAUUAUAAUACCAAGUAUGGUAACACGUGAUAAAUUCACAGUACACGGCAUAUCAGAAAAGCGUAACACUUAUUUUACAUAAAUGUGUAUUUAUAAGACUGCUGUUUUUAUUAUGUAAGAAUCAUGAUUUUAGAAGGUUACUAUAACACAAACAUACCGUAUUUACUCGAGUAUAAGCCGAGUUUUUCAGCACGAUUUUUCGUGCUGAAAACGCCCCCCUCGGCUUAUACUCAAGUGAACUCUCCGCCUGUCAAUUCCUUGAGCGGUCUUCAACCUGCGGAGCUCCAGAUGUUGCAAAACUACAACUCCCAGCAUGCACGGACAGCC